GUACCUGGCGGUGGACCCCGGCAUCGUGGCAGAGCCCCCCGCGCCCUCAGCGCUUGAGGAGCAGCUGGAGGCCUUACCAACGGUGAACGUCAACGCCAUCUGGGACGAACUUCUGCUUAAGAUCGAGAAUCGGCGCACUGCCUACGACCGCUGGGGCACUCGCAUUUUGCUCUUUCCGUUGUAUGGCCCUCUCUUGCUCGUCGUAGCCUACUAUGGCUCCGGGCGGCUCCGAAGAGCUGCUCGCUGGCUUCAGAAACAUCCCCUCGUCGUGGAGGCUGCCGGCUAUGCCGGCAGCUUCCUCCUCGCGGCCCGUGGGCGACGCACGGCAGAUGUGGGACUCGCCUACGGCGGGGCCCUGGCUUUCGCGGCCUGCCACGCGGCCUCCGUCCAGAUGCGGCGGCCUGCCGGGAAACCUCUGCUAGAACAGCUGAGGCCCAGCGCUGGGGAUGCUGUGCUUUGGCUCUUCUUGCACGCAGCCUGUUGGGCCGCCCUCUGCGUGGCGCACGUCGCGCCCUGGGCUGGCCUGGCGGCCAUGCUACUCCUCCUUAGUGCCCUGGUCAUGCUGCUCUUCGACCUCGGAUUUGCUGGCGACUCUGGUGAGGAUGGCGACAUGUGGGUCGGUCUCUGGCAGAUCUCAAGCACGUCCGCCGCGGCGUCGGCCGCGAUCUUCGUCGUCUGCUGCUGUCUCGGGAGCCGACUGCAGGCGUUUGCGUUCGGCGCCUGCUGUUGUGGCCAUUUCACCCUCUUGCUGGCGAUGCUCCUGCUCGGCCUGGGCUUUUCGGAAAGCUACGUGCGCCGGCAGGCGCUGGCGCUGCUGGUGUUUCUGAUGGGCUGCGGUCUCGGCUACGUGUGGGACGCUCCAGGCCUCCUCAACAGUGCCCUGAGCUUCCUGCUGUUGUGGUUCCUGACAAAGUGCCUGGAGGGCUCCUGGUCGAACCACUUCGUGGCGCUCUUGGCCUUGUAUGCCGUCGGGCAGCUCUUUUACUCCUGCCCGGAGUUGCUCCUGCACGCGCUUCGCGCGGAGAACUUGUACACGUGA